UCGACCGAGGGCUUGUUGUUGCGCGGCACAGUGGUUGCGAUAGAAUUUUCACCAUUCUAUCACGCUAAAUCUUAAUUUUCCAUCGUGCUUCCGUUUCCGUUUUGCAGUUGAGACCGCGGGGCAGUGGGGCGAAGUGAAGUUGAACGAGAAAAAACCACCCGUAGGCCGCUGGUGACCCGACGCCGUGCGUGCGCUCCGCGCCCAAAGUGUUUUGCCUUCGUGUGUGUGGCGUUGUUUGUUUAUGCGCGCGAAUUCCGUGGAUGCAUGGAAGCCCCGAAAAAGGCCGCAUUCAACAUGUACAACAAUUCCAACGGUGGUGUCGCCCACGGGGACACUGCGGUCGAGCCCAAGGAAGAACCAUCGACCACCGCCAACAGCACCGUCAAGGCCGAGCUGUUGCCCGAGGAAACGGCGACGGUAACAGCGGUGGCGGCGGAGGCUGAGGAUGAUGCGAAGCCGCUUGCUGCGACGGAUGCAGUUGCUAAGGAAGCAGUGCAGCUGGACGCCGCGCUAGAGGACCAUCCAAAGGAAGUGGCGCUGAUUGAGGUGGGAGAAGAAGACGACGCCGCGGUUCUCGUGGCGGAAUCCACGGAAGGCGCUUCCGAGGAGAACCCGACGGUGGAGAUUUUAGAGCAACCGAUCGAGGAGGUGGAAGAGGAGGAAGAAGCAGCGGCCGCAGUGAUUGAUGACAAGGAUGUAGAAGGCAGCAAAACGGUGGUGACGGAAGAGGAAGAUCCGGCACUGGUCGAGGAGGGGCUCGCGCCAGGGGACGAUAAGGCCACGGAGCAGUUGGUAGAGGUGCUGGAGCAAGAGGAAGAAGAGGUGAUGGAAACGCUGGUGGAGGAAGAGAUCAUCGAAGAGCAUCUUGACGAGAGCAAGGUGGACAUGGUGCUUCCCGAUGACGCGAUUGUGGAAGAGGACGGUGACGAAAUGAUCGACGAGGAGGAGGAAGUGGUAGAGGACGAAGAGGAGCUGUUAAAGAUGGAAUCGGAUAGUAAACCGGCUUCCUCCUCCGCCGGUGCGAAGCCAAAAGAAGCGGCCACGGCGGCGGAGGCCACAGCACCGAAGCCGGUCCGGGAAGAGCUGGAACUGUGCCGAGUGUGUAUGGGGACGGAAAAACUGUCCGAUAUCUUUCAGCUCGAGGGCCCAGUGCGGAUCAGUGAUAUCAUCAUGAAAGUGUGCACCAACAUCCGGAUCACGGCGCGGGACCAUUUGCCGCACAAAAUCUGCGAACGGUGCCUCGAUCAGGUGCGGAUCGUGAUCGAGUUCAAAGGUCGCUGCGAGGUAUCCGAUAAGGAGCUGCGCAAGAACCUGAAACGAAGCGCCAACAAAAAACGCCGGACCGAUGUCAUCGUCGUAAACUGUCCCAUGUCGGAGUCGGACAACGAGGACGAACCGGUCGAUGAUGACGAGUACAAGGUGUCCCAAUCGGAGGUGGAAUCGGAACCGCCCACCUCGGAUGACAGUUUUUCGCCCCCGACAAAACGGCGGCGAACGCCAGCGAAACGUGGCCGUAAGCCGGGGACACCGUACACACCCGGACGGCGGGGUCGCCCGGGUCGCCCCGGUCGCCCGGGACGAAAACCGAAGAAUAUGGCACUCGCAUCGUCGCCGGUCACGCCCGUUACAUCCACUACGCCCACCACACCGUCGUCGUCCGUCGUAGUGAAGCGUCGUCCCGGGCGGCCACCGAAAAAUCCGAAAACACCGCUCCUGUCGAACCUGGUGUACAUCGAGGCACCGGACGAUUCGAGCUCCGGCUCGGAGGAGGGAGAUGUGAAGAAGGCACGCCGGAAGCGUGGCAACCAUCCGUGCCACAAGUGCAGCGAAGUGUAUCCGACGCAGAUGGCGCUGAAGCAGCAUCUCAAGACGCAUCCGGACGAUGUGUUCAACUGUGAUCGGUGUACGCUCCGGUUCAAGACGCAACAGGCCCUCAUCAAUCACAUCGAACGGCACAAGAAGGCGGACCGGCUGCAGGAGGAGAAACGUCGCGAACGGGAACGACGCCAGCAGGAACGGCUGAAGGAGCGAAGGUCGGAUGGGGAUUCGCAGCUUUCUUCGAUGAGCGGCAGCGCGGACAAGCGCAAGAAAGUGGAAGCCGGACCGGCCAGUGGGCGUGAUCUGUUCAAGUACGUCGCACCACCAGCUUCCACCUACUGGAGUGAUAGCUUUUCGGACUAGACAGAGUGACACCCGUGGUAUGGAAUGGAUGUCCUGACGUUGAACUAAUUUUGUUUUAGAGAGCACUUGUGAAGCGGUAGAUUAUCUUUAGAAAUCAGACAAAGAGCAAAAAACACACAGAAAAACAUUCGUUUUCGUUCAUCUGAAGAGGAGAUCCCCCCCAUUAUCCUAAGGCGCCAUCGGAAGUGGAGGGUUUAAACGUAGCCUAGAGUAAUGGUAGAUAAGCGUACGGUUCCCCUGGGGUGCGGUGGAAGUCAAGAGUUUCUUGUGCACAAUGCACCUCACUACAGAGAAACCGUCGAUUCAGCAGCAGCAGCAGCAAAAGGGCAUUGUUGUACAUUAUGGUGAACAAAUCAAAAUAUUGUAGAAUUCAUUUAGUACCGAUAAUUGCUGAAACAUCUUUAGAUUGAAUUUCCUUAGUUGGCUAUUUUGCAAACAAACACCGCUACAUCAGGAAAAAAAACAUUAGCCGAUGGCGAUCAAUUUUGCGUUUGCGUUAAUGAAUCCGAGAUUAGUUGGCCACGGCUGGAGGUUUGCUUUUAGUUUUCGCAUUGCUCUUUCACGCUCACCUUUCUCUUUUAACACAAAAAUUGAAUGUGUUUACUAGUUAUUUUCAUUUGCUUUUCAAUCUAAUUUCCGGCCCUUAAUCACUUCAUUUCACUUUCGGCAAUUGUUUGAAUAAAUUUGCACAUUUUAGUGUUUAGUAAGGCCCAGGGUUAUAAGAUGAUAUUGUAAUUAGGGAGGGGGUACGGGGGGAGAAAACAACUGGCCCGCGGUUGCCAGGUUUAGCGGAUAAGCAAGCAAGCAAGCAACUAGUAGGUAAUGUAGCAACCGGGACGCAAUAAGGAUGCCUCGACUGAUUGGUGCAAUGGCUUCGAGCGUUUUUGAUCGAGAAAAGUAUGCAUGCGUGUGUAUGUGUGUGUGUUUGUUCUAGCAAAUACUUUUAAUUAUUUCUCGUGACCGUAAAGAAGUCACUGCUACGGCCAACUGAGCGGCGUGUUGAAUAAUUAUUUCAAAAAUAAUUUAAAACAAUGCUCUGAGCUCCCUAGGCGGCGGCGGCGGCGGCGGGCACAGUCGGAUUAUUUAGUAGGUUUUAUGUUUCCUUUCGACUUUUCAUUUCCCUACCCGUGCACCUCAUUUCGGCACAACGGUGCAACGGAUGUAGUAGGCAUUUGCGUCGCCCUUCUAUCAAAUAUCAGUUCACUGCCCCUCUGGCCCGAGGGAAACAUCAAUUUCCUAUAGAUUUCUCCUCUGUCAUCUUCGUUUACCCACGGACGGAGAGCACUAACACGAUUGAACUUGUACAAUAAGAUAAAUUUUCAUACCUUUUAAGCAUACCGGUACAUAAAAAAGGACGCGUUAAGUCAUGUCGGCAAGUGCUUUUCGGUGAUGAUGCCCUUUCAUUUGAUUUGAUCUGUACAAUAAACCGCUUACAGCAACAA